AGCUGAUAGCGAACAGAUCAUCACCCGCUACAAUAAUGAAGACAGCCGCUCUCCUCGCUCUUCUGGUGGUCCUGCUCUUUGGAGAUGUGAGAGGGCAACUGGAUUCUCAGGGAAGAUGCAAGUGCCUGGAUGCAGGGGUCAAAGCCGUCCGCCCAAAAAGUAUUGAGAGGCUCGAGGUGCUUCCUCCCUCCGCCUCAUGCCCCAAUCUGGAAAUCAUUGUCACUCUCAAGGGUAAUGGAGGACAAAAGUGUCUGAAUCCAAACAGCAAUUUUUCCAAGAAUUACGUCAAGAGAGCCAUCAAAAAGAGGAACGCAGAGAUCAGUGCCUGAGAUGGUGGACUCCACUAUCAUGACCUUAUCAGAGCUACCAGCUACAUAAUGCAGUAUUACCUGCAAAAGGCAGCUAUUAAAUCAGUUUCAGAGUGCUUCAGAACUUUAAGUAGGACAAGAUGCAACAUGUUGCAAACAAUAUUUAAACUACAACAUUUAGCCUUUUAUUUUAUUCACUUUAAAGUAUUUAAUAUAAAUGUGAUUUGUCAUAUCUAGUUUGUUAAUUCUAUGUUGGUAAUUUCACUUUAUUAAACUUAUUCAUAAAAUGCUAGACAUUGUGUAGUUUGUGUAUUUUGCAUACAUUUUGUUAUUGUAGUCAAUGAUGUUAGCAUUGAAGUUGUGUUUGUGUCAUAUCUGUUUGUAAAUAAGAUUUUGUUAUAUAUUGUGCCGUAUGUAAACAUGAAUAAUAAAUAAAAGAUACAUGUUUAAUCUGAA